UCCCUCUUCUCAAUCUCUUGAUAUGUGCUCUUUCUCGAGAGACUAAGGUAACUAUUUAAUUUUCAAAUUGAACGGUGUUUUAAUAAUUCGCCAUGGAAAAUAGCGUCCAAGAUACGCUCGCGGAGUUGGAGGUGGAAGUGGAGGUGGUGCAGAGUAAGGACGAAAGACAAACGUAUUCGGUGUGGGCCAUCCCAACGGAUGAUGUGUCUUGCAGGAUCAAGAAGCUGAUGGAGGGCCUUCGGGCCGAGUUUGGUGGACCCGAGAUUGAGCCCCACAUUGCCCUUGCGGGGUCCAUCCGUCUGUCACCCGACAACAUGCUCAAGAAGUUUGAAGCCUUAGAGGAUCCUAUCCAAGGGUACGUUCCUAAAGUUGAAGCUGUGAUAACCGGGAGGUCCUAUUACCAGUGUGUUUGCAUCCUCUUUCAGCGACCCUAUUACAAGAAGAUGUAUGAUAUAUUAUCUAACACCUGCGGACAUUUCGACAUCUCGAAUCCUGAUUUGCCACAUUUGGCCCUCCUUUAUGGAAAUCUGACAGAAGAAGAGAGGAAAAGAGCUCAAGAGAAAGUUAGUAUUCUGGAUGAGAGCAUUACUGAUUUGAGCUUCCCAAUAGCUAGCGUUGCAUUGUAUAAAACCAACUACCAAGAUAAAACUCUCAAAUCUUGGGAAAAGAUUACAGAAAAAAUCCUACGACCGAGAUAAUGUUCUUUCCAUUCAAUAUCUAUAAUCUGAUUUGGGCAAUUAUAUAUAUAUAUAGAGAGAGAGAGAGAGAGAGAGAGAGAGAGCUUCAGUUGAGGGAUCCCUCUUUAGGGCCUACUCCGUAUUGUAUUUUACUAAUCCAAACCGUCUAUUUUGUAGAUAUUUAUUCAAAGAUAUCUCUACAAAAAA